CCUUCAUUUUUAAGUCUCGAAAGGAAUGAAAGACCUAAUUCAGCGCAGGUGUAGCACUCAAAGAAAUGUUUCCCAAUAAUCCUCCCUUUCCUGUCGGAAGCUUGGAUUAGAGAGGCGAGCCCCCGAACAUGAUCUCACCGAGCGUGAAUGCUAGGAGAAAUGAGGUGGUCGGGUUCCCGAGACCGGCGGAGUUUAUCUGGGUCCAGUGUUCACCUGCUCUACAUCUCGCUGCUACUCUGGUGCUCCGGGUCGGGCAUGGACGGACUGGCUGACUUCUCAAGCUACCUAUCCCGGAUCAUAACUAGUCAGUCUGCGCAUGCAUGCGAUGGACAGCAUUUGCUUCUCCACUGUCCGCGCCACUCUUCCAUUUCCAUCCAGUCCGCGUUUUACGGACGCGCUGAUACGCGACUCUGCACCAACACGACAGCUGUGGACGUCAAAGCAGCAAAAAACAACUGUUCCGCCUUUGCUGCAUUACAGAAGCUCCUGUCAGAGUGUCAGAGCCUCAGGGACUGUGGGCUACUUGUCAAUCACCUGGUUUUCGGACUAGACCCAUGCCCCGGGACCACCAAGUACCUCCACGUCAACUACAGGUGUACACCUGCUGAGCAUAAAACCAGGGUGGUGUGUGAAGGCGAGAAGCUGACUCUGCACUGUAAGGCCCCCAGAGUUCUGCUCAUCUACACAGGUGUUUACGGUAGGGGGCUGGGCCAGGAUCACACCUGCCCCACACCGCCCAGAGGAUCCACCCUCUAUGACUGUUGGAACCAUGAUGCAGUUCACACUCUCUCACAGAGCUGCUAUAGCAAACAGAGGUGUGUCAUUGCUGUCAACAACCAGACAUUCAGAGACCCCUGCUACCCUGGAACCAGAAAGUACCUGACUGUACUCUACUCCUGUGUACCACAGACGUUACUAAAAGAAGCAGACCCAAGUUUUCGACUGGAGGAAGCAGACCAAGCCCACCCAGGUCUCACCCCAGCCCACCCGGGUCCCCCCACAGUCCACCCGGGCCUUCAAGACCUGGCUAUCUACCCUAAAGACUCCAGAAGACCAGUCAACACUGGGGACAUGAUGAGCAACUCUCUUAUGACCUUUGCUUUUAUCAAAGAUCACCCGGAGAAGGCAGCGCUGCUCUUCACCUCCAGUGUCUGUGUGGGUCUCCUACUCACCCUGGUGGCUGUGUCUGCCAGAAUGACCUGUAGGGGGCGUUGCCAUACGGACAAAACACACACAUGCCGGAGCCAGGUGCAGGAAGGGCAGGACGAAGAUGAUGAUGAUGAUGAUGAUGAUGAUGAUGAAGAUGAAGAAGAGAUGGAGGAUUGCUCUUUGCUGUCGGAUGCCGACAGGAAGCUGGCGUACCGCUGGGAGGAAGUUGGCUACACGACAGAGGCGGCAGAGAUGGUAGAACGACUGGAGAGGAGAGAGAUGGUGAUUCAGGAGAUCUGGAUGAACUCUUAUUACAACGUCCUGUUGUCCAGACAAGACCCCUUACUUACCACUUAAUUACUACGCACAGCUGUAGAAGCAGGACAAUGCCUUCACCACUACUACUGCUGUUAUACCCAACAGUAAUAGAAAUAAAUACAGGGUGGUCAGUACCGAUGGUUGACAACACUGAGACAUCAGUUGAAACACUGCCAAGAACAGUAGCUGAGCAUCGUGGCCUUCCAAGUAUCUGAGCAUCAUGGCCUUCCAAGUAUCUGAGCAUCAUGGCCUUCCAAGUAUCUGAGCAUCAUGGCCUUCCAAGUAGCUGAGCAUCAUGGCCUUCCAAGUAGCUGAGCAUCAUGGCAUUCCAAGUAGCUGAGCAUCAUGGCUGCUGGUCCAGACUGAAUGUCAUGGAAGUAUUAAAUGGUGUUGUACAAUAUUGACAUGUGGCCAUCUGAACUGAAGGAGAUCCACAUUACUUUUCCACUUAACGCUGCUCAUAUUGGCUCCUUUAAAGUGGUGCUCCAUUCUCCCUUUAACACGGCAACAAAAGACACACCCCAAAAACUCUCUUUAGUUCUUAUUAUAUUGCUCCUAGCGUGGAGGUGAAUGACACUACUGAUUCCCGUCACACUCAAGUCUUUGGAUUACCUACUUCUUGAAAUUGUGAAAACAAUAACAUCUAGGGAAAAAAAAAUGUUUAAACCCUUGUGUUUACUGUAUUUUUAUAUGGGGAGAUUUGGAGAUUUGAACAGUAAAAAUCCUGGGGAA